AUGUUGCCUACAACGCCAACGUUGCCUACAUCAAAGAAAGCCGCCGACAAGUCUCGGGACCUUACAAAUAACCCCUCCUUCCCCUCUCCCCCACCCAAUUUCAUCCCCUCUCGGAAAUCUUCCAUCGGCUACACCUCCACCGUCCCCGGCUCCCUCGCCGCCGCGCCCACUCCCACAACCUCCAGAGUGCCCUUCCGUCCCGUCCUCGAAACCGACUGGCUAUCCCGACCCCGCUGCGCCUCCAGUAGCCGCACCCACUCGCGUUCGCAAUCCUCCCACCGACCCCGUCAACCCUCUCUGGGGAACCACGCAACCUCCUUCACUGUCACCAUGCAGCCUCCCCCGCCCCCGGACCCCGAGCGCUAUGCGACCUCCGACCUGAACUUCACCCGCAAGACCUGGCCCGAGGAGAAAGAAAAGGUCAUCGCCGGCCCCUUUGACUACCUCUCCGCGCUCCCGGGCAAGGACUUCCGCUCCCAGCUGAUCCAGGCCUUCAACGUCUGGCUCGAAGUGCCCCAGGAGAGCAUCGACGUCAUUACCAACGUCGUCGGCAUGCUGCACACGGCCUCUCUCCUCAUCGACGACGUCGAGGACUCGUCGUCGCUGCGCCGCGGCCUCCCCGUCGCCCAUAACAUCUUUGGCGUCGCCCAGACCAUUAACUCGGCCAACUACAUUUACUUCCGCGCCCUACAGGAGGUCCAGCGCCUCAAGAACCCAAAAGCCAUCACCAUCUUCGCCGAGGAGCUCGUCCACCUCCACCGCGGCCAAGGCAUGGAUCUGUUCUGGCGCGACACUCUCACCUGCCCGACCGAGGAGGACUACCUUGAGAUGGUUGGCAACAAGACAGGCGGUCUCUUCCGGCUUGGUAUUAAGCUUAUGCAGGCCGAGUCGCGCAGCCUGACGGACUGCGUCGAGCUCGUCAACCUCAUGGGCCUCAUCUUCCAGAUCCGCGACGACUACAUGAAUCUCUCGUCGAAAGAAUACUCGGACAACAAGGGCAUGUGCGAGGACCUCACCGAGGGCAAGUUCAGCUUCCCCAUCAUCCACAGCAUCCGCUCCGACCCCUCCAACCUGCAGCUCAUCAACAUCCUCGCCCAGAAGACCAACAACGUCGAGGUGAAGCGCUUCGCCGUCGCACGCAUGGAGAGCACCGGCAGCUUCGAGUACACGAAGCAGGUCGUCGGCGUCCUCAUCGACCGCGCGCGCAAGGCCGUCCAAGACAUUGACGAGGGUCGCGGCCUCACCAAGGGCAUGUACAAGAUCCUGGACAAAAUGGCUCUCGCCGACUCGGCGACGUCAUGA